AUGUCGGACAGUAACGACGCGGGACGCGUGACGUACGAACUGCUGCGAACCCGUGGAGACCUGAGCAAGGCAGAGACGCACAAGGAGAUUGUACGAGCGCUGAGCUGUGUGAGCGAUGACCGCGGCAGUGCCGAGGUCUUGCAGCGUUACCACGCGACCGAAUACGCAUAUCUGCGAGGAAGAGAGAAGAAGGAGGUGUCGACGAGACGGAGUCAGGUGCGGGAGAAGUGGAGACUGAGACAGAGUGAGGUCGAAGAGGAAGGCGCCACAGUCGGAGACGCUCGACGACGCUUUCCCAGUUUGUUUCAAGGAGUGGUGGAAGAGCGGACGAAGCACAAGAAGCUAAAUGCAGCCAAGAGCCAUGUGUCAGUUCAGCCUCAAGCGCCAAUUCAUCCACCAGCUAUUGCAGAAGAUGAUGUGGCAGGUCCCGUCGGUAUGGCUCCAAGUAUUCGUCCAAGGGUGGAGCCUAGUAGGGACAACAUCAACUUGUUGGACGGUGUCUCGGGUGGGCCGUCAGAGGCGUCUCGGGUUUCUCUGUCACACGAAUCUUCUUUUCGGCCUAAGUCAGCGUUAAGUGACCUGCUUAGUAAGAGGUCACGAUUGCCUCACGAAGAUCUCGAGUCGCUUGGCGACGAUACUCGUCCCAAGCUAGUGCAACAGCGUAAUCCCUUCCAGACUGCUUCAGAGCAACUACUGCGAGACCGGAAAACCGGAAAUGCUGAUGAUGAUCAGCUAAGAAGCAGGAACGGACGGCGGCGCGAUGCGCGGGGUCCUUCGCGUGGAUCAUACCAUCCCGUCAACCAAGACCUCCUUCUUGGUGGAGUUCGAAACGGCGACAACGAUGGGUACAUGUCAGGACCAUCUUCAGUCAGCAAAAAGUUUGUGUCUCCAAUGAACAAUAGUGGCGCGAACAAGAGUGUCAAGAAAGUCAUGCCCCCUGACGAGGAUGAAAAUACGGACCCACGACUCAAGAGUUGUGAUCCCGAGUUGAUUGAAAAGAUCGAAAUGGAGAUCAUUGACAAUGGAGACCCAGUUACAUUCGACGAUAUCGCUGGACUGCAAUUUGCGAAGAAGUGCGUGAACGAGCUGGUCAUUUGGCCGAUGCAGCGACCAGACAUCUUCACUGGACUUCGAUCUCUCCCGAAAGGUUUGCUGUUAUUCGGACCCCCUGGUACGGGCAAAACGCUGAUUGGCAAAGCCAUUGCUAGUCAGUCUGGUGCGACCUUCUUCAACAUCUCUGCUAGCUCCUUGACAAGCAAAUGGAUUGGUCAAGGAGAGAAGCUCGUUCGAACACUGUUUGCUGUUGCAGCUGUAAAACAGCCCUCAGUGAUAUUUAUCGAUGAAAUCGAUUCGCUAUUAACUCAACGGAGUUCGGAAGACAACGAAGCUAGUCGACGGAUGAAGACUGAAUUUUUGGUGCAGCUCGAUGGUGCCGGAACGAAAGCAAAGGACAUCAUACUUGUCGUUGGUGCCACAAAUCGACCUCAAGAGCUCGACGAAGCUGCACGUCGACGCUUUGUCAAACGUUUAUAUAUUCCUCUCCCUUCGCUCGAGGCCAGACUCGAUAUGGUCAGCAGGCUGCUCAAGAAUAACCAGAACGACCUGACAGACGAGAAUUUGGGUUUCAUCGCUGAGUCCACCAAGGGAUACUCCGGUGCCGAUGUUCGGGCUCUUUGCACCGAGGCUGCGAUGGGUCCGAUCCGAAACUGCGCCGAUAUUCGCACGAUGGACGCAGAUUCUGUCCGUCCCAUUAACUCAGAAGAUUUCAAAGACGCAUUGCGUGGGGUACGCUCCAGCGUCGCAGCAAGGGAUCUUGCAUUUUACAAAGAGUGGAAUGACGAGUUCGGAAGUUUUGCUUUCGAGAGUCACGAGUCCUCUUAA